UCUGCAGCUAUCAUUGCAAUCUCAAAAUUUCACGAUAAAUAGGCCUUUCCGGACAAUAUUCAAAUUAAAUCUACAAAAAUUUCUUAAUAUUUGUAAGAUGAACAGAGAGCUAAAACCCCAUGCAAUCUUCAUAGCAUAUCCACUACAAGGCCAUGUAAACCCUUCUGUCCAUUUAGCACGAAAGCUAGCCGAAAAUGGCUUCACCAUAACUUUCAUCAACACUCAAUAUGUCCAUCACAAAAGCUCUAGAGCCCGGGGAGGAAAUAAUAUAGAUGAUGACAUCUUUGUUGAUGCGCGAAAAUCAGGCCUUGAUAUCCGUUAUGCCACAAUUUCUGAUGGUCUGCCUCUGGGGUUUGAUAGGUCACUUAAUCAUGAUCAGUAUAUGGCUGCUUUGUUGCAUGUUUUUUCUGCUCAUGCAGAGGAAGCUGUGGAGAACAUGUUGAAAUCGGGUGAGCCCGUGCAUUGUCUGAUUGCUGAUACGUUCUUCGUGUGGCCAGCUGAGUUGGCUAAGAAGUUUGGGCUUUUGUAUGUUUCUUAUUGGACAGAGACUGCCUUGGUCUUCUCACAGUAUUAUCAUAUGGAUCUUCUGAGGAAGAAUUCUCACUAUGAUUGUCGUGAUCCGCGUGAUGAAGCGAUUGAUUACAUACCAGGAGUCAAGUCCAUUGAGCCAAAGGACUUGACAUCUUUUCUUCAAGCAACUGAUACAACAACAGUAUGUCACCAGAUUAUUCACAAGGCAUUUGAAGAUGUUCGCGGUGCAGAUAUAGUUCUAUGCAACUCGGUCUACGAGCUUGAAUCAGACACCAUAUCAGCUCUGCAGCCAAAAAUCCCUUUCUUUGCUAUUGGUCCAGUAAUCCCAUUUGGCAUCACCAAGAACAUUGUGCCCACAAGCCUGUGGGCCGAGUCAGAUUGUUCCCAAUGGCUCGACACCAAGCCUCAUGGCUCGGUCUUGUACGUUUCAUUUGGUAGUUAUGCGCAUCUCACAAAAAAUGAGCUGACGGAGAUAGCUAAUGGUUUAUUGGACAGCAAUGUGAGCUUUGUCUGGGUGCUUCGUCCUGAUAUUGUAAGCUCAAACGAUCUUGAUCCGCUUCCAGCUGGAUUUUUGGACAAGAUGGGUGAUCGCGGCAUGAUCAUAAAAUGGUGCAGUCAGAUGCAUGUACUGAGGCACCCUGCAAUUGGAGGGUUCUUGAGUCACUGUGGAUGGAAUUCAGUCAUGGAAAGCAUGUGGUCUGAGCUUCCUCUGUUGUGUUUCCCUUUGUACACUGAUCAGUUUACGAACCGGAAACUAGUGGUGGAUGAUUGGAAGAUUGGGAUUAAUCUUUGCGACAGAAGGGUUAAUGUCAAUAAGGUUGAGGUUUCGGAGAAAAUAAAGCGCCUCAUGGAUGGAAAUUCAAGUAGCAAGCUGCGAGACAAUAUAAAGCACUUGAAGAAAGUUUUGGUUGGUGCACUGAAAAGUGAUGGAUCGUCGGAGAAAAAUGUGGAACAGUUCAUAAGUGAUGUGAAGGUUAUGAUUUCAAAGAAAUGUCAAGAAAAGAAUGGCCAAGAAACACAAUAAUUUAAGUCCUUGAUAUCUUCAGAAUUGUAAAAUAUGUGCUUUGGUAUCUUCAGAAUUGUAACAGAUAAUGGUUAUCAGAGAUAUAAGACACUGAAGAAAAACAACUUCGAACUCACUAAACAAAA